GAGCUCUCAGCUGCUCGCAGUCCUGCUCAGUCCUGCGCUGAGGACGCUGAACGGGCGGCUGCAACUGCGAGAAACUUUUUUUUUAAACGUUUUGUUUUGUUUUGCAUUCCCUUUGUUGAAGAUGACCUAACUUCGAAAGAGCCUCUGCUGGCCAGGGAUCAGCUGAAGUCUGAGGACCACCCUGCUACCUCUACCACCUCCAUCAGCACUGCACUUCAGAUGGGACGUCACCAACUGCUCAUCUGCUUCGCCCAUAUGCACUAUCUGCCCUCCGCCCUCAUUUAAGAUGGCUGCCCGUGGCCUUUUCCUGCACCCCGACGGACUGGAGCAGAGCUACUUGUUACCAUGGUGAUCAUUUUCUCGAAAACACUGGAAAAGAAGAAGGGUGUCAAUGAUGUAAGGUCCAAGAACAUCGAGAGGCGGCUGACAGCCACCACCCUUUCAUAAGAAGUGAACUCAGAGAGAGGAUGGGUGUCUGAUUGAAAGAUAGCGUGAGCUCCACACCAUGAGCAGAGGGACCACCCUCUUCUCCUGUGCGGAAGCAGAUAGGUGGCUGGACUUGGGGCGAGGCUGUGCCAUCCAGCAGAGAGUUCCAUGCCAGACUGGUGCCAGUCUGGAGAGCCUGUGGGAUGGGAGCCGGCCCUGGGCCAAGGAACCAGGCAGUGCCACAGCAAUCACCAGCCUGAUAAGAGAUCUAAGUCUCGGUAACAGCAGCGUGACGGGCACCCACACCACGUCCUCCACCACACACUACACCACUACAGCUACCAGCCAGGCUCCCACAGCGCCCCCGAGCAAACGUCAGUGCCGCUCCCUGUCCUUCUCCGAUGAAUUCAGCGGCUUUCGCUCGUCUUGGAGGCCCCAGGGCUCCCGAGUGUGGACGACGGUGGAGAAGCGAAGGUGCCACAGCGGAGGAAGUGUCAGAGGAGGAGGAGGGGGAGGCCAUUUUCCCAUCAUGCAGCGUAGCUCCAGCUUCAGCUUGCCCUCACGCUCCAGCAUCCCUUCAGACGGAACCCUGGACCUGCCAUGCUUCAACCAGCGACUGCCUCUCCACCCUCAGUUUACUGCCUCUCCAGUCUCCCCUACCUCUCCUUCCUUGCAUCAUCCUCAUCACCACUCCCACAACCACCACUUCCUCAGGCCUCUCUCGCUUUCCCACGAGCAGAUCAGCCUGCCAGAGCUCCAGAGGGAAGAGGCGUCGGAGACCAGUUCUCCAGACUCCACCCCGGAGCUGGGGAGGCGAGCUGGGCAGAGGGCUGGGGGGACGGGGUGUCUGAGUCGGAGUAGGUCCCAGCCCUGUGUGCUAAACGACAAAAAGAUUGGUAUGAAGCGGCGGAGACCAGAAGAUGCCCAGGAGCAGCGUCCCUCCCUGGACUUGGCAAAGAUGACUCAGAAACUUCAGACUUUUCAGAGCUUAAGCUGCCCUGGUUUCUCAGCUACAGACGGCUGCCAGUCGAGUCUACCCUCCUUUGAGACCACCGGCCAACCAGAUUCUGACUUCACAGCUGUGUGCGAGCUGGGACUGGAGUCACGGCAGGAAGCGAGAGAAGAUGACGAUGAUGAAGAUUCAUCCUACGAGGAGCUGGAUAGCGACUCUGCCUGUAGCGUGGAUUCUCGGCCCGUGUCUCCAGUAGACGUGGACGGUAAACGCACCCUCUGGAAGGGUGAUUGUGGGACACAGAGGGACAUUUUCCAGCUGGGGGGAGAGCUGGAUCUUGACCAGAUUGAAAGAAACUGAACACUUUCUAGAAGAUUUUAAAAGACUAUGUCAGGACUGAUGUAGAAAGUUGUGGUUGAUGUACGAAAAAGUGAGAUUGAAGAUGGAUUGUGAGAAAAAUAGGUGCGUUUUGAAAGGGAAAGAUGUUUGAAAGGCAAGGAAAGUGAUAUAGUUGAUAAAGUAUGUUGACUGGCUUCUUAAUGACACAUUUGCCUUGAACAUUCUUACUGUUUGAAUCAAAGAGCAGUGACCUUAGUUGUUUUUUUUAUUAUUGGGUAUUCAGCUUAACUCAGGAGUGGGAAAGUGAGGGUUAGUCUUAAGAAAAUCUCCCAGCCCCCACUCUCUUCAGCCUUAUGACCUUUCCAGAGUCAGCUAUCCUUAGGUUUGUAGUACUGUAGCAGUAGCUGGGCUCUCCUGUAUUUAGCUCAAGUUUGUUUUUCAGAGAAAGUGGGGGGCAUCAAAGAUGGGGUGAAACCGGGCAGGGCAAAGCAGCAGGAAGACGUUUCUUCUCAGAGGCUUACCCUUACCCUCAUCUUUUGUGCACACAUGAAAGUGUUUUGGGUUUUUUUUUGUUUUGUUUUUUUGCUGAAUGUAGGCUCAAUAAGCUUUACGAGAAGUUCAGAAACUGAAAUGUGCCUUCUUUUGGAUGCUUGCUCUCUCAAUUCUCUUCAAGAAACGUGCCUCAAUUGAAGGCACAUUUUCUGACUCUGUUUUGUAGUUUCUUCAUAUGCAAAUUGUAUAUUUGAAUUAAACACUGAAUCUCAAGUUUUUUUCAGUUCUAACAUCAGUGUAUAUUUUUCUAAGUAACUGUUUUUUAUGAGCUGUUUGUGAAGGAGCAAGAAUACAAGGUCUGUCUUCUAACAGAAUGGACAUGAAAUAAAUUUGCAACCUGCA